AUUUGAAUUGUUUUUUUUAUUGACAGUAUUUGUAAAUCAUGGGGAUUAUAAAAAAAUAAUAGUUUUUCUAAAUGUUUAGUGCUUUACAAUAAUUAUAAUAGUGGUUUUUACGGAUUUGUGGUAUUAAUACAGUCAUAUCCCAAUACGCACAAAAUGGUGAUAACAAAUUAGAGGAAAUAAGUAAAUUUAAAAGAUGUUGAACCUAUAAACAGAAAAAAAACCUUUAUAAGCAAACUAAUGUUUAUAUGUUUUUGGAAAAUUACUUCUGUACACUUUUCCAAUUUUUAUUCUUACAUUAUAUAUAAGAUAAAUUAUCAAUACUGUAAUGGAAGCGAUGCCAAGGCUUGAAUUUGAAAGAGACCUGCAUAAGAAGUUUCUUAACAGGUUUCUGCAUGCAAGGAUUCCAUCAUAUUUAGCCAAUUUAGAUACAAAUAGGGCUGUUAUUAUGUUUUUUUGUGUAGCUGGUUUAGAUGUACUAAGUGAAAUCCAAAAUAUUGAUGUAGAAUGUAAAGAACAAAUGAUUAACUGGCUAUAUAGCUUGCAAGUAGAUUCAGAACCUUACAGUGGUUUUCAAGGCUCUUCAACAUUAAAUACCGCAGAAAAUCAAGGAAUUGAUGCACCUUAUAAAUGGGGGCAUAUAGCCACAACUUAUUCGGCCCUACUAGCCUUGUUAAUACUGGGGGAUGAUUUGAGUAAAAUAAAGAAGGAUAAGAUUAUUAGCAGUUUAAAAGCCUUGCAAUUACCAGAUGGCUCUUUUAAAGCAGCCAUUGAAGGUACAGAAAAUGAUAUGAGAUUCGUUUUUUGUGCAGCUUGUAUAUCAUAUAUUUUGAAUGAUUGGAGUGGUAUUGAUCUGGAGAGGAUGGUAGAUUUUAUAUUAAAGAGCAUAUCCUAUGAUGGAGGUAUAGGUCAAGGUCCAAGUCUUGAGAGUCAUUGUGGCUCAACUUUCUGUGCCUUAGCCUCUUUAGCAUUAAGCAAUAAUUUAAAUAGGCUGUCAAUAAGUCAAACUAGAAAUUUAAAAAGAUGGCUGUUGUUUCGUUUAGAAACAGGUUUUAAUGGCAGACCAAAUAAGCCAACUGAUACAUGUUACUCAUUUUGGACUGGAGGAAGCUUACAAAUAUUGAAUGCAUAUCAAUUUAUUGAGUCAGAUGAAAAUCCCAGUUUUGUUCUAAUGACUCAAGAUAAAUAUGGUGGAUUUGCUAAAUGGAUGACACGGUUGCGGUGUUUCACGGAAUUUCUUGGGGAGACACAAAAAAAACUGCAGAACUUGGUCUAGCAACAGUCAAGAACUGGCUGGAUUCUUUUAAAUUAAGUCUCAAUAGUCAAAAAACAAACUAUAUUGCAUUUUCUAUAACAGCUGCUAAUCGCCCCAGCUUUCAACAAAUUAAACUUGAAUUAAUUGAUAUCAAGGAAGUUUCAUUUAAUAAAUAUCUGGGUAUCAUUGUGGAUAAACAUUUAAAAUGGGACCAACACAUUCUAAAAUUAACAAAAAACAUCCGUAAACUUAUUUAUCGAUUUCAUAUUUUGAGAAAUAUCUUAAAUGAAAAACUACUAAUUUUAAUUUAUAAAUCCUUGGUUGAGUCCUUGUUAAGGUAUGGGGUGAUUGUCUGGGGAGGUCUAUACAAGAAUUGUUUAAAACAACUUAAUGUAGUAUAAAACUUUAUUUUAAAAGUUAUAUACAAAAAACAAAAAAGAUUUCCUACACAACAAUUAUAUUCUGAAGAAAUUUUUAAUAUACGCUCAAUUUACAUAUUGUCAACAUGCAUUUAUACACAUAAAUCAGAAAAAAUCAAGAAUUAUGUUAGUCAUUCCUACACAACCCGAAAUAAUAUAAACAGACACCUAAAAAUACCAAACAUAAAAAAAACUAUAGGGCAACGAUUUUUAGGAUACUUGUCCCCGAAAUUUUAUAACAUCUUACCAAACAGCUUAAAAAAUAUAAAUAAUAUUAAAAACUUUAGUAAGGUCUGUAGAAAAUUUAUUUAUUCAAAUAUAGAUAAAUUUAAUUUUUUUAAAUAGUUUUGGGAAGGGAAAUUUUAUUGGAGAAUUUUUGUUUAGUUGUAGAUUAUGGUUAGUUAUAUUUUAUAUUAUUACUAAAAUUUUG